UUUCAAGUUAAAUAUCAAAAAAUUUCCCCUUAAUACCCGCUUAUCCACCCAAACCAAAUGUAAGCCAUAUUCAUUUCGCAUUGAAUGCAAACAAUUAAAAACAGAUUUGUACGAAAUAAAAUUUAAGCAAAUAUCUCAAAGAUUUGCUCAGUGCAAAGCUAAGCUUAGGUUAUUUCAAUAAUCCUUUGAAAGAUGUCAAGAUUUCGUGUUAUAACGCUUGGGAACAUUCAAUUGUUCCUAAAUUUGGCUUUACUAUUUGGUUUGGUACAGGCCAAAAGUAGUUUUAAAUUCACCAACAUAAAAUGCCUGGAGCACGAUGUUAGCUUUUCGCGUUUUGAAAUAUGUCGCCUUAAGGUUGUAGGCCGCGAUGUGGUCUCGCUCAAUAUAAAGGUGAGACUAUACAAGUCUCCAGUCACCAAUUCUACGGUCAAUCUGGCAUUUUACAAAAAAUCCAAUGGUUUCAAGCCUUUUCUAUACAAUGGCACUGCAGAUGUUUGUGCCUUUUUUGCGAAUCGCCAAAGGUAUCCGAUAUUUAAAAUCAUCUUCGAUAUGUUCGUUCGCAAUUCGAAUCUGAAUCAUACCUGUCCCUAUAGUGAUGUCCUUGCAGUCGAGGAGUUGGUGCUGAAUGAAGGCAUGUUUCGCUAUUUCCCCUUGAGCGAAGCUGAAUAUCUAUUUAAAGCAAAAGUGUAUGCCUACAAUGAUCUAAAAGCUACAUUAGAGAUCUAUUUUUAUCGAAAAGAUUGAUCGUUGACCAAGAUUUGGGACUAUGUUGGUGUUGUAUUUGUAAAGUGUAUACUAAUGUAGAUGUAUAUUAAGUUAGAUUUUUGUAUAUGGUUUUGGAAAUGUAUGACAUAUAUAUGAAAGGGGUUUCCAAUAGCGACUUGACAACUUUGAAAUCAUCAAUCAACGAA